UUUUAAGGACUUUGCAUAAAUAAGGAAAGAAAUGGAGACGGUUCCAUUAGGAGUGAGAAAGGGUGGUUGGACUGAGGAAGAAGACUGUCUUCUGAAGAAGUGCGUUGAGAAACAUGGAGAGGGGAACUGGCACCAAAUCCCUCGCAAAUCAGGAUUAAAUAGAUGCAGGAAAAGUUGUAGGCUGAGAUGGUUGAAUUACUUGAGGCCAAAUAUUAAGAAAGGGAAUUUUGCUGUAGAUGAAGUUGAUCUCAUUGUCAGGCUUCAUAAGCUGCUUGGCAAUAGAUGGUCGCUUAUUGCGGGUAGACUUCCAGGAAGAACAUCGAAUGAUGUCAAGAAUUACUGGAAUACCCAUUUGCACAAGAAACUGAAUGAUCAAAUUCGGGAAGAUGUACAAAAAUUGAAAAUGACCAAGAGCACGGUGGAGAAAACCGAAGUCAUACGACCUCGACCUCGGACCUUCUCAAAGAAUCUAUCUUGGCUGAGGGGUAAAACUAUCAUUACGGAGAAAACUCAGAUGAAAGAAAAUUUCUCCGAGCCAUUCCAAAUUCCUUCACCGGGAGAUGAUGACGGAAUAUUGUGGUGGGAUAACAUGUUGUCUGAUCCUGAUAUUAACAGAGGAACGAUAACAUGGACCGAUGAAAAAGCGAUUAUGGAGGGUGGGGGCGAAAAGAAAAAAUCAGGUAUGCAGGAAGCUGGUAGGGAUUCUUUCAACUGUGUUCAAGAAGAUCAGAGUGAUUGGAGUGACUUUUUAAUAGACAAUAUGGACCUUUGGGAUAUUUUGGGAGCUGAUCUCAAGUAGUACUGUGACGUUUUAUUUUUCUUUGAUAUAUUUAGUAUCGAUGGAGUUUUGUC